CGGGCGUGAGGGGGAGCAUGGCGGCGCCGGGGGCACUGGGGCGCUGGUGGAGGUUGGCGCUGGGAGUCCGGACGAGCUGGUGUCCCGCUCUGCUGUGCCGAGCACGAACGCUGCCGAGGCCCCCGCCGGGUCCUGCCUGUGCAGUUGGUCGCCCGCUGCGGUGGGCAUCGUCCUCCCAGCCGGGCCCGACGGAGAGCGACCCCAGCGAGGGACAGGUCUUCCUCAGCGAGAGCUGCGUGAAGAGGCUGCUGGAGAUCACAGAAGGCUCAGAGUUUCUCAGGCUGCAGGUGGAAGGAGGUGGCUGCUCUGGAUUCCAGUACAAGUUUUCCUUGGACACAGUUAUCAAUCCUGAUGACAGGGUGUUUGAACAAGGUGGUGCCCGUGUGGUCGUGGAUGUGGACAGCCUGGCCUUUGUGAAAGGUUCCAUGGUGGACUUCAGCCAGGAGCUGAUUCGCAGCUCUUUCCAGGUGGUGAGCAACCCCCAGGCAGAGAAGGGUUGCUCAUGUGGGACUUCCUUCUCUGUCAAAUUCUGAUUGGACUUCCUAUGGAUGGACACUGUCUGCAGACACUUCCUAGCAGUCUUCAGAGGGGUUUUGCUUGUUCUUUUCCUAGCUGCUCCCUCUCAUAUCCCUUGCCCUGUAACACAGCUGUUACACAUGACUCCACUGAGCCUAUCUCCAAGACUUGUUGGCCUUCCGUUCAAAAACAUGAAGUAGCCCUGAGCACGCACACGGGAGCAUCGGCAGCGCCUUGUGAACCCCCGGCCGGGUGGGGUUGACUUGCCUAGCUUGUCCUGAAUGUGGAACCACUUAAUCGCUUGUCUCUGCAAGAGAUGGCUGUAUAUAUGUGUGUGUUUAUUUAAAGUUCUUACUAAAAAAAAGUCUUUGAGAUUGAUUGGUAUUGCUCAUGCAUUCCCACAUGGGUAGAAUCUGGGUUCUUUCAGGCUACUAUUGCUUAUCGCUUGUCUUCCAGCUGAAUGGGACUCGGGGUCUCUCUCCUGUACAUCUCCCAGCGUUGCUGGCUCUCCACUCCCGAACUCACAGUGGGCUUUUCCAGAUACUUCACUGUCCUGUUACCCAGCAGGCUUCUCUCAGUCCCUGGAACCUACAGUGGUUUUGCUGUCAGUGCCUGGGAUGAAAGUUUUUACUUGUUCAGAGUAAGUGAAGCUAAAAAAUUGAGGUAGGAAGAAUUAAUAGCUUAUUUCUUUUGUUUGGGGAAAAAAAAAAAAAGCUUGUAUAUAUAUAAACAUAAAAUACACAGUCCUCCAUCCCCCAGUGCUAUUCUAGGCCAUUCCUAAAUCUGACAUGGAAUUUUAGGUCGUGCAACCUCUCGGGUUUCAUAGUGUGUCUGCUGCCUUCCCUUGCCAGCAGGAAGGGAAGUUCAGGUGACACAGGCAGAGGAGGAUCUGGAGUAGUACUUAAAGGUCCUCAAGUCCUUUUGACUUACUUGUCUGAGAAUCUUUUACAAAACUUGCUUCACCAUUUAAUCUCUAACUUGUGCCUGGUUUGAUGAAAGAAUAAAAUAGCUCCUCUCCUUUCUGAAAUUCUCAUGGAAUGGGAAAUCUAGAAGUUUCCAGAAUAACAUCCUUUUGAAUAGUUGUUUUCUGUAGUUUUUUAUCUGCCACUAGAUGUCUUUUAAAUCAAAGUGAUUCAUCUGCUUCUGGGUGAAAGGAGAGAUGGUGAAGCUAUCUUUGUUCCCUCUCUUGUGUUUUAUCUGAUCAUAACCAAAUUGUCUAAGACUUGAGUCUCACGUGAGCGUGGGUGUGCUGCAUGACUUUGGUCUCAGGGAAAUUGCUUAUGGCAAACAAUGAGCUUUUUAAGACUCCUGCCACAGGCAUUUUUGUUGUUAAGCUUCCCAAAUGCCUUUCUAAACUAAUCAGCAGUGCAUAUGUACAGCACUCAUUUGCCUAUUGAUUUCUAGCACUCAGAGAACUGAUAGCCAGCUAGUUCCAGUUUCAUCUGUAGCUGUUACAGGAGUUCAUACGUGGUCUGCUCUGACGUUGUCACGUGGGGAAUAUGGAUGGGACUUGGAGGAGCAGCUCUUUUGGUUUAGCCCUUUCCAUUUCUGUUUCCUGCAAUCAACAGGUUCUACCUAGUUAUGUUGCUGUCGGAGGGAGCUGGAUGUAGCACUGUCCCAUUUUGUAAAAGGAAGUAAAAGGAUGUGAUUAAAAGACUUGUCUAAACCCCUGCAGGAUGUUUUGGCCCCACCCUUACGCUUCCGGGUCUUGAAUGUGAUGUCAGCCAGAACUGCCUUUGAAAAGUGUAAGACCUAAAAGCUUGUGUAGGUAGAAGACAUUAGAUAAACUCGAUUUCUUUCAGCUGGGAUAACUAAACAAUGAAAGUUGGCAGGAGGAAUUGCUUUCUCAACCAGGAAGUACAGAUCUGUUCUUGGUCACACAGUCUGACCUUGGUCAAGUCCCUUUUAGGAUCUUUAAUGGGAAAUAAAAGUGCAGCAGUAGUGUUGGGGAGGUAGCAAACCAGCAGCUGCCAAGGCGUUUUUUCCCUAAACUAAAGCCUGCCUUCAUCCCCUGUAAGCGUGCAGCCUUCAUCUUGGAUUACUGUUGUUACUAAAUGUAAAUGUGCCAUGUCUGUUCAACCUAGCCAGGUUCCACCUGCCUUCACUGCCUGCACUGGUGAAGUAAACCAAGUGAGUGCUGUCCAUGUGGAGUGCCACCCUUUUCAGAUAAUUUGCCUCCUCGUUCCCAGGGACUGUACAGUGGAUGAGCCUUUGGGUUUCCACCAGCGUCACCGGUGGUGUUGCUGGGCUCAUGGGGGAACCUCGCAUGUGUAGCUUGCUCUGCCUGGCAGUACUGCUCUAACUGCACUAGAUGGACCCCUUACUCCUUGGGAAUCGCUUCUCUGGACAUGUAUGGGCAUUUUGACUUCUGAUGGGGUGAGGUUGGAUCUGCUCUGUGCAGGACCUAGGCAAGAGCAAAAGUUUCUUUGCAGCUGCCUGUUUUGGAGUCGGGCUGGAGCCGAGUUCAUCUGGUAUUGCAGCAGUGUGGGCUCUAGAUCAGAGAAACUGCUGGGGGCUGGAGAGGUUUCAGCUGUACGACAUUGCUCUUGGCCUCCUAGUCCCAUUUUCCAGGAGCGGCUAUAGUCUAUUGGCCAAAGCUACUAAUCCUCCAGUUCCCAAUAGGGAACGGGUGCAAAGGGCUGCCUCUCACCUCCAGAGUCCUCCUCACUCUUAAACAAGUCUGUCAGUACAUCAGAAAUUGAAAACUUCUGUCCAUGUCUAGGAAGUCAGCAAAGAGGGUCAUGUUAGCAGAGGGCAGCAAAGGUGACCUUGGUGAAUUUUGGCUGUGUAGGCAGAAAAGGCUAGAUCCUGGCUCCUAUGGAAGAAAAAACCCAACCUGUCAAGGUUUGUACACUGAAUAGCCUUAGGGGGCGAAGAUGGCACCAUGCAGUAGGCUGUGGGGCAAGACCAGCGGUGGCAAGAGACAGGUGCAGAGGAUUAGAUGGGGGAUUUGGUUCUGCCUGGGCUGUGAGGGACUGCCAAGGCAUGCCUGUGAGAUGCCCACAGUGUGGGGAUAGAUGGGAGCCCUUGUGCUGAACCACUGAGAAAAAGCAGGAGUACAGAGCUGGAGGUGCAGCCUUUGCUUCAUUGCAAAUGAGAAACUGCAGUGGAAAAUCUUUCUCUGCUCCCACAUGAAGAAGGAGGAUUCUCUCAGUUCACCCACCUGACAAGGAAUGAAUGAUCAAGAAAGAUAUUUAUGGAAACCUACAUUAAGAUGAAACUUCAAGGGAAAAGGGUGCAAUCAUCAGUGUCGCUGACGGGCGGGUAGAAGAGGAUGGAAUAGAAAUCCUCACUUUGGUGAGAGCUUGUUGGAGCUCUGCAGGGACUUGUUAGUAGAUGCCCAGCACAUCCUCAGUCUGUGACUGGCUCUGUUCUUCACAUUAGGUGUUUACCACCGCCUAUUAACCGUGGGUCCCCCUUCCAUGCUUCAAACCAGGCAGUGGUAGAAAAAUCGCAGAUUUUUGUUAUGCCCCUUUUCUUGUGGUUUAGGUAUAUGCAUGGGAAUGCCAUGCACACCUUGGUGGGCUUCUGCGUGGUAUUACUUGCUACAAAGAGCAUUUGGGGUUGAGUGUGAGUGGCUCCUAUAAGACCGAGGGACAGCCGAGGCAGGGAUGUUAGGGGAACAACUGGCCCUCUCACCCCAAAAUGUUCAUCUGCAAAAUUUUGCUGAACUUAGUCCUCUCCCUUGUGAAAUUCUAUGUUUGUACAGAGCUGUUGGGUGAGUCAGAAAGACAGCUAGGGGUGAAGAGCCAGUACCUCCCAGAUGACACCCACUGGGGUUUCUGCUGCCCCCACACAGCAGUAUAAUUUCCUGCCUUCUUGGCUUGCCUGAAUCCAGCACCUGGGGGAGGAAUUGCUGAACGGUGGAGGAGGCAAUAACAGGAAGGCAGGAGUGCGUGAAAGAAGGCUUCUCUUAUCUGUGUCCCACACUGUGAAGGCAACUGCUUUUAUAUCAAAACUGUCUUCAGCCUCGCAAGCAUUUUGAACAUCCACUGGCAGCUGGAAAUAAAAAACAGAGUGGUAUAAACCCCACAAUUCACACCCUUAGCUGGGACCGGCCAGAGGAGUUUACUGAAUUUGGAGCAAGCAUGCUAUAUUUCCAGGAUGAGCUGCUACAGCACAUGCUUGAGGAUGGGACCACAUGCUCUCUCCAGUAGCAAACACAGCAGUUGGGUUCAUUAGCAAAGGGUGUGACAGGAUGCACACUAGCUGAAGCGCUCACCCAGCAUUCACCAUGCUCCUCCAGAAUGGGCUGUACCUGCCAGAAAGGGAUAACCUCGCGUAAUGGUGUGUUUGAUAGGACUGGCAGCCAGCCUGGUAAAAGAACCACAAUUCAAGGAGACAGAGCUUUGGCGAGAAUAAACUGCAGCCGCCUGUAGUGUAUCAAACUCUUCCAUUCGGGUAAUCUUUUUAUUGUUUGGUGGUUUGUUUUUUAAAGAGGAUGAAUCCUUGAACCAAACACUGUUAGGGGCUAGGUAUAGGAUUAAUGGUGCAGUUUGGGUCUUGCUGGGUUCUGAGCAAUAUGUUUGCUCAGCAUGGUUUCCAGGAUUAGGCUGCAACUGAAACAGCUCAGUAGAUCAUGGACUUGGGGUGGGUUUAGCAUCCAGCCAUGGACAGAAAUGGAGCUGUUCAUGACAGCAAGAUGGACCAUUACUCCAAGGCUAUGAUUCCUCACCCUGUGGGGAGCAGUUUGUGCACAGUGCUUCCUGCCUCUGGCCUUCCCAGCACUUGUAAGGCUCUUAAUAUUUCCUGCUUGAGCAAUAAGAGUUUAUGGCCCUAGUCUUUGUGGUUGAUUAGAGCCCAAGUUUGUGCCCUUGUUUUAAUCAGUGCUCAUUUACCUUUGGCAUCCUUCAGAGGAACUGAAUGGUAUGUCUUUCAGUUGCCAUGGAAACAGUGAGACUAAAUGCACAUUUCCAUGGCAACCUGCCAUUAUCUUCAGCUCUAUCUGUGGGUCUCAUUUUCUGACCAUGGGGGUGGGGUGGUAAGAAUGGAACUUCAUCUCUUAAAAAAAUAAAAUAAAAAAGAAAAGAUGCUAC